AUGAUAUUUCCCAUCAUCUAUAACUGGGUGAUCAUCAUUUUGAGGACGUGCUUCACUACAAUCGCAUUCAACUACCUGCCUGUCUGGAUGACACUGGACUAUGUGGCAGACCUCAUGUAUUUGGUUGACAUGAUAAUCACUGUCCACACAGGUUACUUGGAUCAAGGCAUCCUGAUCAAGGACCUUGCUCACCUGAAGAAGCGUUACCUGCACUCUACAUUCCUAAGGGACCUGGUUUCCUUGCUUCCCACAGACUUCCUCUACUUUGUCUUUGGCCUCGAAACUCCAAUGGUGAGGAUCAACCGUCUUGUGCGUAUACCACGACUUGAUGAGGCGCUGGAUCGCAUGGAGACAAGAACCUCCUACCCGAACACCUUCCGUAUUACCAAGCUGAUGAUCUACAUAUUUGUGUUGAUCCACUGGAACGCCUGUCUCUACUUUGCACUGUCCAGCUACAUCGGCUUCGGAAGUGAUCGUUGGGUCUACCCCAACAUCACCAAGCCCGAGUUUGCCUCCAUGCGCCGUCAGUACUUUUACUGCUUCUGGUUCUCUGCCCAGAUUUUCACCACAGUGGGAGACACCCCACUGCCAAAAAGGGAAGAGGAAUACUUGUUUAUGAUUGCAGACCUGCUCAUUGCUGUGCUGGUGUUUGCUUCAAUUGUUGGAAAUGUUGGCAAUGUCAUCACAAGCCUAAGGGACCGUGAUAAUGUCUUCUUUCCUAACCAUGAGUUGGUGAAGGCUUACCUGCGUAGCCAUCACAUUAGCAAGGAGCUUCGACAGCGAAUCGACAACUGGUACCAACAUCUUCACAUCAACAAGAAGAUAAUGCGAGAGAAGGAAAUCCUGGAGCAGCUGCCCUUACAUCUGAGAACAGAGAUCGCUGUUAGCGUUCACCUUCCCACGCUCUCCAAAGUCACCAUCUUCCAGAGCUGUGAGAAAAGCCUGCUGGAGGAGCUGGUGCUUAAACUAACACCUCAGGUGUUCAGUCCAGGAGAGUAUGUCUGCAGGAAAGGAGAUGUGGGCCAUGAAAUGUACAUCAUCAGAGAGGGGAAACUUGCAGUUGUAGCAGAUGACGGGGUCACAGAGUAUGCUGUGCUUACUGACUCGAAUUUCUUUGGGGAAAUUAGUAUUCUCAACAUCAAAGGCAACAAGUCUGGCAAUCGUCGCACUGCCAACAUCCGAAGCAUUGGCUACUCUGACCUGUUCAGCUUGUCAAAAGAAGACCUGACCGAUGUGCUAUCAGAGUUCCCCGCAGCUAAACGUCACCUGGAGGAGAAAGGCAGGCAGAUCCUGACAAAGAUGGGCAUGUUGGUGGACACUGGGGAGGAAAAGGAAGGGGAGGAGGACAACGUUGAAACAAAGAUAAACACGUUAGAAAGCAACUUGGAAAUCCUGCAGACAAAACUAGCUCGACUUAUGAUGGAAUUAGAGUCGAGCAAUCGUAAGAUGCAGGCCAGGGUGGAGCAGCUUGAAUUGGAAGUUGCAGCAUUGGGGAAUCAGCCGUUAGAAGAUGAGGAAGAAAGAAUAAAAAGAGAGUUAAGAGGGGAAGGGGUGGGAGAGGAGGUUGGAUGGGAGCGAGAAGAGGCUGAGGGAGAAGAAGAGGAGGGUUUAGAUGCAAAGGUUAAAAAACAAGAACAGGGGGAAGAUGGUAAUGAGUUGACCAAAGACGGAGAUGGAGAGAGUACUAAAAGUAGAGAGGGAGAUGUGGAAAAGAUGGAGGUAGAUAAGUCUGGACUGAAGGACCCAGAUGAUCAGGAAAAGAAAGAAAAAGAUGAUAGCGAGAAAAACAAAGACAAAGGAGAUGACAGACCUGGGAAAGGAGAUGGAGCUGAGAUUGAACUUGAAGAGGAGAAAGAAGAGAAAAGUGGCGAGGUAGAUUCUGAAGAGGGGGGAGAAACGGCUGAGGGAGAUUCAGAAAAUAAGGACAUGAAGCAGAAAGAUGAAGGCCAGACAAAAAAAGAAUGA